AAAAGCUUUGAAAAACGAAUAUUUUCUUCCUUCGUUAAUGUUCGUUGUCUACCCGGCAAAAAGAAAACCCUCACCUUAGUCUCCUUCUUCCUCACUCUCGCAACGUUCACUCCCCGCGAAUACCGAGUGGCACGAACUCCGGUUGACGGCAAUCGAACGGCGGCGACAAACACGAUUUAGUUCUAGAGAUAAGAUGCUUCCAUAGAACUCAACUCACUUCCAGAGGACACAAUAGAGAAGAUGCAGAAAUUGGGAGAUUUCAAGCUACCGCAUUUCUUCAAUUAUCCUCCAUAUUUCACUUUGCAACCAGUGAGGGACACCCGUGAGAAGCAAAUUCAACUUUGGAAGGAACUUAUCCUUGAUUACUGCCGAACGCAAAAGAUAUUUGUCAUUGGACUUGAAGAGGACUUUCCUCUAUUUUCAAAUUCUGUGAUUGAAAGAUCUCUCAGUCAUGAAGCUAGACAAGCUUUUAUCUCAGCUUUAGUUUCAGAUGGUCGUGCAGAAUGGCUGGAUAAAGGACAUAGGAAAUGCCUUAUUUUAUGGCACCGGAUUCAAGAUUGGGCUGACAUCAUUUUGCACUUUGUGAAAAAUAAUGGACUUGAAGAUAGUGUUAUGACAGUCGAGGAAAUACGUUCAGGAGUUGAAUCUAGAGGAACAGAGCUUGAAGGGAUUGAUCGUACGAUAUUAAUGAGAGCAUUGAAGCUACUUGAACAAAAGGGGAAGCUUGCAAUUUUCAAAGGUUCUUCGACAGAUGAUGAAGGCAUUAAAUUCUCUGUAUAAACUACCAAUGUUUAUUAUUCACAUUGACUGCCAAUCUUUCUUUUUUCAACACUUCUAAAUGCAACUUUUCAUUUAGUUUCCCCCCAAUUCCAACUGGGAUUGAUGGGAUUAUAGGUUCUUGGUGCAGUUCAUUGAAUGUAACCAAGUGGACCUCCCAAUUGAACUUAAAAGGACCUAAGCUUGGGAGUGAGGAUUAAAAUAUUGAUGUCGAUAUUGAUAUUAAGGUCUUAAACUUACAGAUAUAUCGACCCAGCGACAUAUAUUUUCAUCCU